GUCCACUCUCCUUACGACCGUCCCUGGAACGCCCCCCGCUUCUGCAUCAUCUCUGGGAACCAGCUCCUGAUGCUGGACGAGGAGGAGAUUCACCCUCUGCUCCUUCGAGAACGCCAGAGGGAGGCCGGGCGGAACAAGCUUCUGCGCCGGACGGUCAGCGUCCCCGUGGAAGGCCGGCCCCACGCUGAGCACGAGUACCACGCCAGCCGCUCCCGGAGGAAGAGCGUCCCUGGGGGGAAGCAGUACAGCAUCAACAUGGAUGCCCCUCCGGCCCCUCCCUUCCGUUCCUCGCAACAGGGUUUUCUCAGCCGCCGCCUGAAGAGCUCCAUCAAGCGCACCAAGAGUCAGCCCAAACUGGACCGCACCAGCAGUUUCCGCCAGAUGCUGCCGCGCUUCCGGAGCGCCGACCACGACAGGGCUCGCCUGAUGCAGAGUUUCAAGGAGUCGCACUCGCACGAGUCCCUGCUGAGCCCCAGCAGCGCGGCCGAAGCCCUGGAGCUGAACCUGGACGAGGACUCCCUGAUCAAGCCGGUCCACAGCAGCAUCCUGGGCCAGGAGUUCUGCUUCGAGGUGACCACGUCUUCGGGCACCAAGUGCUUCGCCUGCCGCUCGGCCGCCGAGCGGGACAAGUGGAUCGAGAACCUGCAGAGGGCGGUCAAGCCCAACAAGGACAACAGCCGCCGUGUGGACAAUGUGCUGAAGCUCUGGAUCAUCGAGGCACGGGACCUGCCCCCCAAAAAGCGCUACUACUGUGAGCUGUGCCUGGACGAUAUGCUCUACGCGCGCACCACCAGCAAGAUACGCACGGACAACGUCUUCUGGGGGGAGCACUUCGAGUUCAACAACCUGCCGGCCGUGCGCACCAUCCGGCUGCACCUCUACAAGGACACGGACAAGAAGCGCAAGAAGGACAAGAGCAACUACGUGGGCAUGGUCAGCAUCCCCAUCGCCAGCGUCACCGGGCGCCACUUCGCCGAGCAGUGGUACCCGCUCAGCCAGCCCAGCGCCAGCAAGAGCAAGGCCGGCUGCCCGGCCGUCCGGGUCAAAAGCCGCUUCCAGGCCAUGAGCAUCCUGCCCAUGGAGCUCUACAAGGAGUUCGCCGAGUACGUCACCAACAACUACCGCAUGCUGUGCGCUGUGCUGGAGCCCGUCCUGAGCGUCAAGAGCAAGGAGGAGGUGGCCUGCGCCCUGGUGCACAUCCUCCAGAGCACCGGCAAGGCCAAGGACUUCCUGUCCGACAUGGCCAUGACGGAAGUGGACCGUUUCAUGGACCGCGAACACCUCAUUUUUCGGGAGAACACCCUGGCCACCAAAGCCAUAGAGGAGUAUCUCAAGCUGAUUGGACAAAAAUACCUCAAGGAUGCCAUUGGUGAGUUCAUCCGAGCUUUGUACGAGUCCGAGGAGAACUGCGAGGUGGACCCCAUGAAGUGCUCGGCCUCCACCUUGGCGGACCACCAAGCCAACCUCCGCAUGUGCUGCGAACUGGCUCUGUGCAAAGUGGUCAACUCCCACUGCGUGUUCCCCCGGGAGCUGAAGGAGGUCUUUGCAUCGUGGCGGCUGCGCUGUGCCGAGAGGGGCCGGGAAGACAUCGCCGACCGGCUGAUCAGCGCCUCCCUCUUCCUGCGCUUCCUGUGUCCGGCUGUCAUGUCCCCCAGCCUCUUCGGCCUCCUGCAGGAGUACCCAGACGAGCAGACGUCCCGUACCCUCACGCUCAUCGCCAAGGUCAUCCAGAACCUGGCCAACUUCUCCAAGUUUGGCAGCAAGGAGGAGUACAUGGCCUUCAUGAACGAGUUCCUGGAGCUGGAGUGGGCCAGCAUGCAGCAGUUCCUGUACGAGAUCUCCAACCUGGACACCCUCACCAACAGCACCAGCUUCGAGGGCUACAUCGACCUCGGCCGGGAGCUCUCCACGCUGCACGCUCUGCUCUGGGAGGUCCUGCCCCAGCUCAGCAAGGAAGCCCUGAUCAAGCUGGGCCCGCUGCCCCGUCUGCUGAACGAAAUCAGCCUCGCUCUCAGGAACCCCCACAUCCAGCGGCAGCCCAGCCACCAGGGCGAGCGGCUCCAGCCCAAGCCGGUCAUCCUCCGCGGACCCUCGGCCGAAGUGCAGUCCUCGUACAUGAUGCGCGACCUCAACAGCUCCAUCGACAUGACGCGCUUGCCUUCCCCGACCAAGGAGAAGGGCUCGAAAGACAUGUUCUUCGUGCCGCGGCCACCCCUGGCCCGCUCCUCCCCCGCCUACUGCACCAGCAGCUCGGACAUCACCGAGCCGGACCAGAAAGUGCUGAGCGUCAACAAGAGCGUCUCCAUGCUGGACCUGCAGGACAGCCGCAUGAACAGUGUCUCCAACCUGCACAGCGUGGGCGACAUGCUUAACAGCAGCCAGGCCUCCAUCACCGCUGGCCUGGGUCUGCGGCCCAGCCGGCUCUCCCAGGGCAGCGGCUCCAGCAUCGCGGCCGGCCUGCGGCUGAGCCAGAUGGGCGUCACCGCCGACGGGGGCGGCCCCUCCUCCGCCCAGCAGCUCCGCAUCCCCCUCUCCUUCCAGAACCCCCUCUUUCACAUGGCAUCUGACGGGCCGGCUGGCGGCCCGCUCCACGCCCCCCACCCGCACCGGCCAGCAGAGGGCAACCCCGCCGACACCUUCGCCCCCUUCCACGGCUACAGCAAGAGCGAGGACCUCUCGGCCAGCAAGCACAUCAUCCACAGCCACAGCUACAGCGACGAGUUCACGCGCCAGGGCUCGGAGUUCACUAAGCGCCAGCUGUCCCUGCAGGAGAACCUCCAGAACAUGCUCUCCCCGCCCCAGAUCACCAUCGGCCCCCAGCCCCAGCGCUCGGCCCCCGCCCCCCAGCCGCAGCCCCCCCUGCAGCGGGGCAAGUCCCAGCAGCUGACGGUCUCGGCGGCUCAGAAGCCUCGGCCCUCCAGUGGGAACCUGCUGCAGCCCGAGGCCACCUAUGCCCCCACCCAUGCCCGCCAGCAGUCGGUCACCAAGGAGGCGCCUUCUGCCCUCAAGCCAUCCAUCACCAAGCAGCCCUCGCACACGCCCUCCACGCUGAACCCCAUCCUGCCGGCCUCGGAGCGGACUGUGGCCUGGGUCUCCAACAUGCCCCACCUCUCGGCGGACAUAGAGAGCUCCCACAUCGAGCGGGAGGAGUUUAAGCUGAAGGAGUACUCCAAGUCCAUGGACGAGAGUCGGCUGGACCGCGAGUACGAGGAGGAGAUCCACUCGCUGAAGGAGCGCCUGCACAUGUCCAACCGGAAGCUGGAGGAGUACGAGAGGCGCCUGAUGAGCCAGGAGGAGCAGACCAGCAAGAUCCUGCAGCAGUACCAGCAGCGCCUGGAGCAGAGCGAGAAGCGCCUCCGCCAGCAGCAGGUGGAGAAGGACACCCAGAUCAAGAGCAUCAUCGGCAGGCUGAUGCUAGUGGAGGAGGAACUGCGCAGGGAUCACUCGGGCGCCCUCGACACCUCCGAACCGCGGAAGCGGCUGCUCGACGCUCAGGUGGAAAUUACAAUGAGAGGCAGCUUUCCGCCGUGGGUGCAGCAAACCCGCGUCUGA